CAUUCCAGGCAAAAACAUUACAUUAAUCACCCGGUAAGGUCGUCAGUUCAAUCUCCGCUUGGUCUUUGCAACACUGUUAGUGACAACGACGAAUAUUGAGGAGAACGUACUUUUUAAAAGGCCCUUCGUAGUCAAAUCUUAAAUAUGCAUCGUUGUCGCUAUUAUCUCUAUGCACCUUUCGCUAAUUUAAAUUUAAAAUUAUUCAAAUUUGGUGGGUUUUAUGUUGAACUGAAACUGGCACUGUUUUGAAGAUAUCGUUGUUACGGUCAAAAGGUUUAUAAAUUUGCUACCUUUUUUUACAAUCUCGUUUCCAAAGAGAGGCCAAGUAAAAAGGAAUAUACCUCAUGAUAAUCUUCUACGAGGUCAAUCAAUAAAAAAGACUAGGAAAUGCAAAAAAAAUAAAUUCAGAAAGCAUUUUAAUAUAUUUUUAAGUUUUUUAUAAUUAUGUUUUACUUUCGCAUGAUUGGGUAAAAAAUGCUCCCUCGUGUUCAAGCGAAUCUCCUGAUACAGGUUGGGCUGCUUAGAGAUAAUCCGACGUUAAUUAAAAACUCGGAAAUACUCUCGUUACCAAUCUCGAUACGUCGACUGCAUAGAUAGACGACAAAAGAAAUCUGUGAAUGAAAUCGUUUUUAAUAUCUUCCCUUAUUUAAUUCCUGCGGAGAAAUUAAUCUUUUAUUUUUAUUUUUCUAUGACAUAAUUUUCCCUUUUUUUGUAUAACUUUAUUAACGUUAGAUGAAUGCUAACACAGUCGACAACAAAUACAACGCUGAGUAGCGGAAGGCUGUAUUGAUCUACAACGUUCGACAUAUAAUAAUCUCUCGCAAGUUUUUAUAGUUUUUUUUUUAUUAUUAACUUUAUUCUAUUUUUAUUCAGUUUGUGAUUUGACCAAUGAUCAGUUCUUCCAUUUUUGUGAUCAUGCUGUCGAAGCUUUUCACUGAUUGUUUUAUUUUUACUUGAUUUUUUCCAUUUUUUUUGGUUUUAAUUUAGUUAUUUUCGCCUGUAAAACAUCGCAUCCGGGGCUUUUUUUCUCUUUCAUUACAGACCUGCUGAUAAAUACAAUUUAUGAAAUUAGGCAAUUUUGUAGGAAGAAGAAGAGCCUUAUUCGUAGAAGCCGGUUAAUUGCAACCUCGUCCCCAGGGCACCUUUUAUGUUUUUUGACACCGGAACGGCGACAGUUACAUUUUUUGAUUUCAAUGCUCUGGGAAAAUAUUUAACUAAACAUAUUGGUUAUUCAAUAUAUCUUUAUAUUUUUUAUUGAUUAUAAUUUUAGUGAUAACUGUAAAGAAAGUUAAUUAUUAAAAUCUGAUAUUGUGUUUUAAACAAGGAAGACCUGGUCUCCCAGGAAAUUUACUAAAUAGUUUAUCAUGUACAUAAUUUUUUUUUAUCCUAUUUCGAUUCCUUUUUUGCAGAUGAAUGUAUAAAAGACAUUUAUUUUAACUAUCAUUUUGUGAUGAAGGCUUACACAUCAAGAACAAAGCUUGUUCGUGUCUGCAUCGUGUCUAUCCUUAUAUCAGGAGUUUUAUGCUCACUUAAAUACGAAAAAAUUCUUUAUGCUAAGAUUUUGAAUGAUGCGAAUUAUAUUCCUGAUGUACUUCCUGAGCCUAAACACGAAGAACCUGUCAAAGUUCACCUGGAUGUUCGAAUUAAAAAACUCAUCAAGUUGGACGUGAGGGAACAAAUACUAAAGGUCAAUGCUUUUACGAUAAUGAGAUGGACAGAUCCACAAUUGGCAUGGGACCCUUCUAAAUUUGACAAUAUUAGAUACAUCACAGUCGCGAGUGAGAAAAUUUGGACACCAGAUAUUAUGUUGUACAACACUGCUGACGAUGAAAGUAACGCACAUACAGACUACUACAAAACAAAAGCUACCAUUUACGCCGACGGUGACGUAAUGUGGGUCGCUCCAGUCACGUGGCAAGUGUCGUGUAGUUUUGAUGUCACGUGGUUUCCGGUUGAUAAACAAUCUUGUAAUAUGACAUUUGGUUCGUGGACAUAUACAUUUCAUCAGGUAGAACUAACGCCCUUGACGAAACAUGGAGGAGACGAGGACCACGAACAUUUUAUGAUCAAAAAUGGCGAAUGGAAGGUUCUGGAAACGAAGAUUCACUAUCAAAAUAUAAGCUUUUCUUGUUGCGACGAACCCUUCUCGGCUGUCAUUUAUGAAGUGGUUAUCUCUCGAUUAUCGCUGUAUUAUUUCAUGUACAUUUUACUUCCACUUAUCUCACUUGCCUUCCUCUUUCUUAUGGUGUUUUUCAUACCAUACGACACUGAGCGGAUGGGUUUUGGCGUCACCAUCCUGCUUAGUAUAACAGUUUAUCUGCUCGUGAUAUCGGAAGAAUUACCGGAAAAAUCGGAUGAUAAAUCAAUGCUUGGUAUUUGCUUUAUAAUUGAAUUUUACCUAUUGUGUGCAGCACUGGCUUUGUCUCUACUGACUACCAAUUUGUCAAGAAGGAAGACACAACCCUCUGGGCUUUUGAUGACACUGCACAACAAACUAACAAGAAAACCGAUAAUUCAGUCGGAAAAACCGGAAAUCGAAUUAGAAGCUUUGAAUCCAGAGAAAGCCUUUACAGACAAAAUAUUAGAGGAGAAGAACUUCAACGAACAGUGGAAAAAUGUUGCGAUAAUGUUAGAUAAAUUCUUCUUUGUUUUGGUGGCCAUGUUGAUGGGGAUAAUUCCUAUAAUUGUCACCUUAAGUCUUAACAAAAGUGGUCUUGGUUCAGUGUAAGUAAAAAUAUAUAGUCAGAAGACCCAGUAUAAUUUUUCUUACCACUGGGAAAUCGGAAUACUAAGGUGGAAAAAGUAUAAAAUGAUUUCGGGUUCCUGUUAUAGAGUAGUCUUAAACUGCCAAGGAUUUCUACGCCCUGGCUCAAAAGCUUCUGCAAAGUUUUCUCACUCACAAAAGUUUUUGUCUUCACAAGUUUUACAGCGAUUCGAUCAGAACUUAGUGAACAUAGUGAACUCUCCACCAUAGACAGGAGCUUAUAUAAUUUGUAGGGCUCUCUUCAUCGAGAUAUGAAUGAAGGAAACAAGAUAUCUAACGUGUUGGACCAGCAGAGUAGAGCUCAAUAUUUGAUAAUUUUGAAUAUCGAGGUGAAGUACUGAAAGAGCACAGUGCAUCAAUAACCUCGUUCCCAGGAUCUCUUGCUUUUUACAUUGGGAGGGAAAUGCAAAAUCUUAAUGUAAAAAAGGCUCCUGGGAAGGAGUUUAAUGCAUCAGUACCCGCACAAUUACUGAGAGCCAUAAAAAUCAACCCACGACUUUUAGUUUAUAUUAACAAAAAAGGUUGCACGUUUGUUUUUUAGCCACACUUUUAAACAAUAUUUUAUUUUUUAAAUAUUUUUUUUUGCAUUUAUUUUUUUAUUUGGACAAGGAGAUGUAUAAUAGAUAUAUGUCUUUAGAAAUUAAAACACGUGUCAUUCUUCACUGUGUCUGUUGUCAUCUGCUUACCACCGAAGAUGGGAGGAGCGCAAUGCCCACCAAAACAAAAGAGAAGUAAACUGACUUAGGUAAUUUGUUGUAGAUGUCUGCUGAAAUGAAAUUAAAUAAAAUCUACAAAUUUUUUUUUAAAUUGGCCAGUCCACAGAGUAAAACUUUACAAGCAAAACAUAA